AUGGCUUUUGUUGUUGUAACAUCUCUACUGGAAAUAGUAGAGCAACAGCUUUUGAAGCCCAAUUCAUGUAUGAUUAUUGAUGAUAGAGAAAUGAUCAUGUUGUUGUCUGGCAAGCUCCGCUUUUUGCAAGCGUUUCUAGAGGAAUUUGGUACAAAAACAGAUGAUCCUCAGGCUAAGCAAAUUUUGGAUGCAGAGAUCAGAGAUGUGGUUGCUGAAGCAGAAGGUAAAAUUGAAUCAAAAUUGAGAGAAGUUUAUUUGGCAGCUAACAGAGGAAAGUGUGUAGUUGAGACUUGUAAAGGACUUCAUCAGACCUUGCAACAAGUAGUAAAAGAUAUUGAGGCAGUUGAACUAAAGACCCUGGUGCAAAAAACAAAUAUCACCUCACUUGUUGGUUCUUCAACAAAUGAUUUCAAGGAAGAGAACAUCAUGGUUGUGGGAACUUCACAAAAUGCUGUAGAGUCUGAGGAUGAAAUUAUUGUAGGGUUCGACGAUGAAAUAGAGACAAUAAGGAACAGGUUUUUUUGUCAACAAGAAGUUGAAGUUAUCUCACUUGUGGGGGUAGGAGGCAUUGGAAAAACUACUUUAGCCAAAAAGUUGUAUACACUUUAUCAAAUUCGGGAGCACUUUCAAAUUCAAGCAUGGGUUUUUGUGUCUAAAGAACAUAAUGUAAAAGAAAUGCUCAUUGGUCUUUUACGAUGUAUUUUGCCAAUCACGAGUGAAAUCUCCAACAAAGACAAUGCUCAGUUAGUAGCACAUAUAUGCGGAAGUUUAAUGGGUCGGAGGUAUUUCAUUGUCUUAGACAACAUAUGGAGCACCGCCGCUUGGGAUGCUAUCCAAGGAUGUUUUCCACAUAAUUCUAAUGGAAGUCGAAUCUUGAUAACUACUCGGCUAGAAAAGGUGGCUGCAUAUAUUUGCCCAGGUGUGCUUCCACACUUCAUCAAAUUGCAAACUACAGUUUGUAGCUGGAAAUUAUUCCGGUCGAAGGUGCUUGGGGAAAGAGCUUUUUUCUCCCCCGAAUUUGAGCAACUUGGGUUACAUAUUGUUCAGCAAUGCCGUGGAUUACCACUAUCAAUUCUUGUGAUUGCUGGACUUCUAACCACCGCCAAAAGGUCAUUAAAAAUAUGGAGACAAGUUGCUAAAGCUUUGGAUGGAAUAGAAAGUGAUGAUAAUAAUAGAACUUCAAGAAUACUUUCAUUGAGCUACAACUACUUGCCCAGUCAUUUGAAAGCUUGCUUUCUUUAUUUUGGAGUUCUCCCUGAAGGCAGGGACAUUCCUAUUAAGAAACUAAUCAACUUAUGGAUUGUAGAGGGAUUUCUGAAGCCAGAGAAGAAUAAAAGUUUGGAAGGAGUGGCAGAGAGUUACUUGCAAGAUCUUAUUACUAGAAGUUUAGUUCAAAUUGAGAAGCGAAGUAUUGAUGGCAAAAGCAAGUCAUGUAUGAUUCAUGAGCAAUUGCAUGAGAUUUGUGUGAGAGAAGCUAAAAAGGAGAACAUGUUGUCCGUCAUUGAUGAAAAUCAUAAUCUAGAAUCUAGUCGUUGGGUAAGCUAUGGAUCAAGUCAUUGGCCAAUCACUCAAGCAAGUCAUGGGAACCAAAUUUCCAAUAAAAUCCGUUCCAUUAUUCUUCACACAAGUAAAGAUGUAUACCUUUCUAAAUGCAAGUUUGCACAUCCAUGUUUCAAAUUGCUAAGAGUAUUGGAUUUAUCUUUAAUAACAUACUCUCAUGGCACCCCUAGUGGGAUUGAGGAUUUGGUUCAUUUGAGAUACCUAGCUUUAAGGACUAUAGGUUCUCUUUACAAAUUUCAAUUGUUUAAGCUUCAAAAUUUGCAAAUUCUCAUUGUUUGUUCAUGGAUGAAAGAAUAUACUUUGCAACUGCCAUGCGAUAUUUUGGAUUUGCCACAGUUAAGGCACUUGCACCUUGAAAAGAGAUCUUCACAAUACCUCCCAAGCUUGGUUCGAGAAAAUCUACAAACUCUUUAUUGGUUAAAAGUUGCUAGCUCGGACCAAAAACCAAACUUUAGAAUGGUUCCAAACCUAAAGGAACUAGGGAUUUACAUUGAGGGUGAAUUGGCGCCUAGUUGUCUUAAGAGCCUCAUCUAUUUACAUCUACUUGAGAAGUUAAAAUUUGAAAUGGGAAGAAAUGGGCUCUUUUAUCUUCCUAAUAGUUUUCCACCAAACCUAAAAAAGUUGACACUUCGUUAUACCUAUCUUCCUUGGGAGAAGAUGGAUAUAAUUAGCAAAUUGCCCAACCUUGAGUCAUUGAAAUUGAAGGAUUUUGCUUUUUGCGGUCCAAAGUGGGAACCAAAGAAGGGGGGCUUUCGGAGAUUAAAUGUACUGCUUAUCGCGUGUUCAAAUCUCAGAUUCUGGACUGUAAUUUCUGAUCAUUUCCCAGUUCUCACGUGCCUAGUCCUAAGAUAUUGCUGGGAUUUAGAAAAAGUUCCAAUUGCUUUUGCAGAAAUUGAAACACUGAAAUUAAUUGUGUUAGAAAGCUGUUAUUCUUCUCUUGUAUGUUCUGCAUACGACUUUCGACGGAGGGUAGCUCCUCGUAGAAUUUGUAUUCGCGAUCUCGGAACUAAGGUUGAAUUGCCAAAUAAUAAAAGCUAUGAAGAAUUAAGUGUUGUGUUGCCAAAUAAUGAAAGCACUGCAGAAGGAGGAAGUGUUGAAUUGCCAAUGAAGAAAGUGUUGAAAGCUUUGAAGAAGAAAGUUUUGAAUGCUCUAAAGAUGAAUAAAAUGUGA